AUGCGAGCAACUGGGGCAUUAAGGGACGGGGGCAACCAGGGCCAGCCAGCACGCGUCCAAGUCGAGUCUCGACUGCACCCAGGUGGACACCCAGAGACACCCAGAAACAACCGACAACCACCAACCAACCACCCAGCCACAAUCCAACGCGAGGAAACGACAACCCGUCGAUCCGGCGAUCCCAGGGUCAUUGCAGAUGUCGCUCUGGGUCGUCCAAACGGGGGAGGAGGGCGCGAUGGGCAGGCACGCUCACGGUUCCGGGGCAUUCCACUCAGAUCGGGAGGGCAGAGAAGAGCAGCCAGCAUACGACGUGCAGAAAGGAUACAGCAUACAGCAUACAGAGUACAUCAGACACAGUACCGACGGAGACAGGAGUCAGAUCAGGAGCAGCAUCAGGAGCAGGAGCAGGAGCUUGAGCUUGAGCUUGAGCUUGACCACCAGCAGCAGCAGCAGCUUGGGAUUCCAUUCCAUUCCAUCACUUUGCCGCAAUCCACAAUCCACAAUCCGCAGUCGCAGUUAUAA